AACCUUAUCGUCUACUCUUAUCUCACAAGAACCAAACCCCUCUUUGUUCUCUCCACAGAGAACUUGUUAUCUUUCCACUUUUCAAUCCUUCCAUUUGUCACAGUUGAGUAUCGGAGUUGUUGUUGUUGUUGCUGGCGCCAUGGAUUCCGAAGAAGCGACGUUUUCCCCUCCUGCUGUUUCUUCUUCUCCAGGUUCUUCUCCCAUCAACAAUUCUUCUAAUCAUACUGAAACUGAAAAUGUCUCCAAAGUUAAUGUAGAAAUCACUGAUUCCGAUAUUAAUAGUAAUAGCAAUAGUGAGGGUAAAAGCGUUAGUGAUGUAACUAUUGUGGGUGGUCAGCAAGAAUUGCCAAUUCCUGCUGACCCAGAUGAGGGAACCCUAGAAAAAACUAUUGGUGAAGAGAAGUUGAAUGAUUCCGUUGUGGGUUCUGCGGAUGUUUCGAUGUUGAAGUCAGAGAAGCCUGUUUCUGAGGUUUCUAUGAGUGAGGGUGUUGAAAAUGUUGAGGUUUUAGGGGGAGGAAAGGGUGAAGAUGUUGGUGGUUCUGUUCCUGUUAUUGGGAAUAGUUUACCUGAUUCUACUGACUCUGAUGCCACUAAAUCUAUGGGGACGGGAAUUGAAGGCUCGGAGGGAAAUACUGAAGAGUUUGACUCAGCUGAUAAGUUGAAUUCGAUUGAGCAGGUGAAAGAUAGUGGUGGUGAGGUUGCAGUAGGUGCAGAAUUGAAAGAGGGUGAGGAUAGGUCCACUCAGGAGGAGGUGAAGGAAACUGUGGAGGAUGAAAAGAUAGAAUUGAAAGCGGGUGGGGAUAGGUCUAUCGAGGAGGAGGUGAAGGAGACUGUGGAGGAUGAAAAGAUGGAAUUGCAAGGGGGUGAGGAUAGGUCCAUUCAGGAGGAGGUGAAGGAGAUUGUGGAGGAUGAAAAGAAUGAAGCUUUAACUAGUGUUGCUUCAUCUAAUUUGAAGGAGGCUGAGGAACCUACCUCGGUCAUUGAAGAGAGUGCUAUUGCUUCAUCCAAUUUGAAGGAGGCUGAGGAACCUACCUCGGUCAUUGAAGAGAGUGCUAUUGCUUCAUCCAAUUUGAAGGAGGCUGAGGAACCUACCUCGGUCAUUGAAGAGAGUGCUAUUGCUUCAUCCAAUUUGAAGGAGGUUGAGGAACCUACCUCGGUCAUUGAAGAGAGUGCUAGUGCUUCAUCCAAUUUGAAGGAGGCCGAGGAACCUACCUCGGUCAUUGAAGAGAGAGCUAUACAUAGUGAUGAUGCCGAAAAACUCAAUAAGGUGGUUGUUGAACAACCGUCAGAAUCUUUGUUGGCUGAAACAGAUGGUGAGAAAUUUACUUCCGAAGGAGAUGCAGUUGUGGAUGCCAUUGAAGUCAAUGUCUCAGGGCCAGGGGUUGCUGUUGUUGGAGAUGUGGAAGAGAGCAAGGAAGUGGAAGAACAUAUUGAAGGUACUACUGAUGAGAAUGUGACAUCAGUAAAUGAUGUUGGUGAGACCAGACAACUUAUUGAAGAAGUGGCUAAUAUGACAGUUGAUGAAGUAGAUGCACAAGACCCUAAGCCUGUGGUGGAUGAUACUGUUGCAGCUGCAGAAUCAAAGCCUGUGGAUAACAUUGUUGGUGCUGGAAAACUAGAUUCUGGAGAUGUUCAGACUAGUGAUGUGGUAGCUGUUACUGAGGAAAUUAAAGAAGCUGAUCCUGAAACUGUUAAUAAAAGGCUGGACACCAAGGAUGUUGAAGUGGAACCAGAGCAGGCAGUGUCUGGAACUAUAUAUGCCAAUGGUGACCAUUCCGGAGAAAGCAUCGAGGGAGAUGUAGUGGAAGUUGAAGUCUCUGGUCAAACAUCUGCCAUAUCAAGGUCAAUCACUGGCUCAGAGCAAGAAGGAGAAGCUAAAGAUCAUAUAGGUGAAGAAGCUGACCUUGAAGGCUCAGUUUCAGAUGGAGAGACAGAUGGUAUGAUUUUUGGAAGCUCUGAAGCUGCCAAACAGUUUAUGGAGGAGCUGGAAAGGGAAUCUGGUGGUGGCUCUUAUGCUGGUGCUGAGGUUUCGCAGGAUAUUGAUGGUCAGAUUGUCACUGACUCAGAUGAGGAGGCUGAUACUGAUGAAGAAGGAGAUGGGAAGGAGUUGUUUGAUUCAGCUGCCUUAGCUGCUCUUUUAAAAGCAGCAACAGGUGGUGAUUCUGAUGGUGGCAACAUAACAAUCACGUCUCAAGAUGGAUCAAGACUAUUCUCUGUUGAACGUCCUGCUGGUCUUGGGUCAUCACUCCGGUCACUGAGGCCAGCUCCCCGACCAAGCCAACCCAAUCUUUUUACUCAUUCCAGUCUUCAGAACAGUGGAGAAUCUGAGAACAACUUGAGUGAAGAAGAGAAAAAGAAACUGGAGACACUACAGCAGAUUAGGGUCAAGUUUUUGAGGCUUAUUCACAGGCUGGGUCUUUCUUCUGAUGAGCCCAUAGCUGCACAAGUUUUGUACCGGAUGACACUUAUUGCACGAAGGCAAAACAGUCCACUUUUUAGCAUUGAGGCUGCAAAGAUGAAAGCUUUCCAGCUUGAAGCAGAGGGGAAAGAUGAUUUGGACUUCUCCGUGAAUAUCCUGGUUAUUGGCAAAUCUGGGGUGGGUAAGAGUGCUACCAUAAACUCUAUCUUUGGAGAGGAAAAAACAUCAAUUGAUGCCUUUGGACCUGCUACCACCAGUGUGAAAGAGAUCAGUGGUGUUGUAGAUGGUGUUAAGAUUCGGGUGUUUGAUACACCUGGCCUCAAGUCCUCUGCGAUGGAACAGGGUUUCAAUCGCAGUGUCUUGUCUUCAGUAAAGAAGUUGACUAAGAAGAACCCCCCUGAUAUUUUCCUCUAUGUCGAUCGACUGGAUGCCCAAACUAGAGAUCUCAAUGAUCUUCCUAUGCUGAAGACUAUCACAAGUUGUCUUGGUCCUUCAAUAUGGCGAAGUGCCAUAGUCACCCUCACACAUGGAGCUUCUGCACCUCCAGAUGGACCUUCUGGAUCCCCUUUAAGUUAUGAGGUGUUUGUUACUCAAAGAUCUCAUGUUGUUCAGCAGUCUAUCGGGCAAGCAGUAGGCGAUUUACGAAUGAUGAGUCCAAGUUUGAUGAAUCCUGUCUCUCUGGUAGAAAAUCAUCCAUCUUGUAGGAGGAAUAGGGAUGGACAUAAGAUACUACCUAAUGGCCAGAGCUGGAGGCCUCAAUUACUGCUAUUAAGCUACUCAAUGAAGAUCUUAUCUGAAGCAAGUGCACUUUCAAAGCCUGAAGAUCCAUUUGAUCACCGUAAGCUCUUUGGUUUCCGCACACGCUCACCACCUCUUCCGUACAUGCUUUCUUCAAUGUUGCAGUCACGUGCGCAUCCAAAGCUUUCUGCUGAGCAGGGUGGUGACAACGGUGAUUCAGACAUUGACUUAGAUGAUUUGUCAGACUCUGACCAAGAAGAAGAAGAUGAGUACGACCAGCUUCCUCCCUUCAAGCCUCUUCGGAAGGCUCAGCUUGCUAAGCUCAGCAAAGAACAGAGGAAGGCGUACUUUGAGGAGUAUGACUAUAGGGUCAAGCUCCUUCAGAAGAAACAGUUGAGAGAAGAGUUAAAAAGAAUGAAAGAGAUGAAAAGUAAGGGAAAAGAGGCGGCAAUUGACUAUGGUUAUGCAGAGGAAGAAGCUGAUGCAGGUGCAGCAGCUCCUGUAGCAGUUCCCCUCCCUGACAUGGCCCUCCCACCUUCUUUUGAUAGUGAUAAUCCCGCCUACAGGUACCGCUUCUUGGAGCCCACAUCACAGUUCCUUGCAAGGCCUGUUCUGGACACGCAUGGUUGGGAUCAUGAUUGUGGCUAUGAUGGUGUUAAUGUGGAACAGAGUUUAGCCAUUGCAAGUCGUUUCCCUGCUGCAGUUACUGUGCAAAUCACCAAAGAUAAGAAGGAUUUCAGUAUCAAUUUGGACUCUUCUAUUGCUGCCAAGCACGGAGAAAAUGGAUCAACCAUGGCUGGCUUUGAUAUUCAAAGCAUAGGAAAGCAACUUGCCUAUAUUGUCCGAGGAGAAACCAAAUUCAAAAACUUGAAGAAGAACAAGACUGCUUGCGGAAUUUCUGUUACAUUUCUAGGUGAAAAUAUGGUUACUGGACUUAAAGUUGAAGAUCAGAUCAUCUUAGGCAAGCAAUACGUUCUAGUUGGCAGUGCUGGCACUGUUCGAUCUCAGAGUGACACAGCUUAUGGGGCGAACUUUGAACUGCAGAGGAGGGAGGCAGAUUUCCCAAUUGGUCAGGUGCAGUCUACAUUGUCUAUGUCUGUCAUAAAGUGGAGAGGUGAUUUGGCUCUAGGUUUCAACAGUAUGGCGCAAUUCGCUGUGGGACGCAAUUCGAAGGUAGCUGUUCGAGCAGGAAUCAAUAACAAGCUCAGUGGGCAAGUAACCGUGAGGACAAGCAGUUCAGACCAUCUCUCUCUUGCACUUACUGCUAUUAUUCCAACUGCAAUUGGCAUCUACAGGAAGCUUUGGCCGGAUGUUGGCGAGAAUUACUCAAUCUACUAAAUUUCAUUUUCAUAUCAGCAUUGCAUUUUUGGUUCAUUAGACCUUAUAUGAUGGCAUAUUAUCUUUGUCAGUUCGUUGAAUAAUGCUUCUGUUAAUUUCUUCCCAUCUAUUUAGGAUUUCUACUGUUAUGAGUUAUAAGUCAAUUUUGAGUGAUUGAAUGUACUUUUUUGCCAGAUGAAAUGAAGAGGUUUGUGUUGCUUUAAA